AUGCUCAAGACCGUUCCAGACACUUAUCCUUUGCCACGUAUAGAUGAUUUGUUGAGUGAAGCAAAACCGACACCUUAUAUGUCAACUAUUGAUUUGAGAUCCAGGUUAUCAUCAGCUCAAAAUGCUAAUCGUGAGAAGUGCCACUUCUGUUGUGAAAAAGUGAAAUAUUUAGGGCAUUACAUUACUAAGCAUGGUAUAGCUGUUGAUCCACACAAGACUGCUGCCAUUGCAGACAUGCCAUCGCCGAAAACUGUUAAGCAAGUGCAAUCGUUCGUACAAACGUGUUCCUGGUAUCGUCGAUAUAUAUAUUCCAAAUUUUCUCAAAUAGCCAAACCGUUAACGGAUUUAACAAAGAAGAAAGCGCUGUGGAAGUGGGAAGCACAACAAGAAAAUGCUUUCCAAGAGCUGAAAUCCAAAUUAAUUAGCCCGCCGAUUCUUAAGCAAGCUGAUGGAACGAAGAAGCCUUUUAUCAUUCGCACAGAUGCUAGCAAUGUAGCCAUUGGAGCAGUGUUGCUACAAGGGGAGAAAAAUGAAGAACACCCUAUAGAAUAUGCCAGCCGCUUGCUUAAUUUUGACUGCAUCAGAACGAAACUAUUCCACCAUAGAAAAAGAAGCCUUAGCAGUAGUAGUAUGGGCACUCACCCAAAUUUAGAGGAUAUGUUGAAAGCCAGUCUAUCACAAUCACCUCUGACCACCAACCAUUGA